CAUUUGCUUUCUUUCUUUCGCCUUCCUCCCAUCGCUUCCCUUUCCCCUCUUAUUUUACCGAUUUGCCGCUCAAAACCUACCCAAUAUCAUCAUCUUCUUCUUUUUCCGCCAGAUCCAUUUCAGUCACAGCCUCCAUUUUAGGGUUUUGCUGUUCCGGCUCGGCCCCCGCAACCCCUAUCGUUUCCGCCGAUCCGAUUCCCCCAAUUGUUCUCGAUUAACCCUAAUUUUGACAAACCCCAGAGGCGCCGAUCCCCUAAAUACCGCCGCCCAGUUGUUCUUGAUUUGUUCCCAUCCGUUGACUCUGUUUCAGAGUUUAAGACGCUCUGCGUGCAGUGGGGGACCGGAUUCAGGGUAGAGCAAGUUUUGGAUUCGCCGUUCACGUGAUGUUGAGUACUGGAUUGCCGUUCACGCGUGGCCGCGGAGAGGAUCGAUUUUACGACCCGGCGAGAGCUCGUAGGGCCCACCAGAACCAGAAGGCGGAGCAACUUCGCAGAGCUCAGAGCGACGUCACGCCCAGCCCAUCUCCUUCCUUGAAGGGUAACCCCAACCGGGAGCCGGAGAACCGGACCGGGUCUGAUGAGCCGCCCCAGCCCGUCGCCGUGCCUGCUUUUGAGCCCGUCGUGAAACCCUUGAGUAAUCUCGAUCGGUUCUUGCAGUCGAUCUCUCCGUCCGUCCCGGCCCAGUGCCUUUCCAAGAGGACGAUGAGAGGAUUGAGUACAUGCGACGUGGAAUAUCAGCCAUACUUCGUUCUGGGGGAUUUAUGGGAGUCCUUCAAGGAGUGGAGUGCUUAUGGUGCAGGAGUGCCUCUGAUUUUGAAUGACAGUGACUCUGUGGUUCAGUACUACGUCCCUUACUUGUCCGGCAUUCAAAUAUACGGCCACUCUGCGAAAUUGGCAACGAAGACAGGGCGACCAGAUGAGGACAGUGAUAGUGAUUUCAGGGAUUCUAGCAGUGACGGUAGCUGUGAUUACGAAAUUCCUCGUACGAUAGAAAGAUUAUCUUUGAGAGACCCACAUUUACCACCCCACGAAGACUGCUCCAGUGAUGAGGGCGAAUCUAUAAAUUCUCAAGGUUGCUUACUGUUUGAGUAUUUUGAACGGGACCUUCCUUAUUGCCGUGAGCCUUUAGCUGACAAGAUACUAGAUCUCGCGUUCCAUUUUCCUGAGUUAAAGAUACUAAGAAGCUGUGAUCUACUGCCAACCAGCUGGAUAUCUGUUGCAUGGUAUCCAAUAUAUAGGAUUCCAACAGGACCAACUUUAAAGGAUCUUGAUGCGUGCUUUCUAACGUACCAUUCACUUUGUACACCUAUGAGAGGUGUACAAGAUGACCGGGCUCCUGUAUUGACACAUCCAAGUGACAUGGACAGUGUCCCUAAGAUGUCGUUACCUGCUUUUGGCCUUGCAUCAUACAAAUUCAGAGGUUCCUUGUGGACGCCGAGUGGUGGAUGUGAACGCCAGUUAGCCAGCUCUCUUUUGCAGGCUGCUGACGACUUUCUAAGAAAGCAUCAGGUCAAUCACCCAGAUUUUCUGUUUUUUAGCCGUAGAUGAUAUCAAGAUGAUGCUAACUGUGAUGCUACUACCACCGUUAUAGAAGUGAAGCCUGUUUGCGCGGGUUACUUGUGAAAGUCUUUAUUUUGUUUAACUCUUGGUGGCAAGUUGGUGUGCGGUGAUUCUGUCGUGUGGUUUUCUGUUAUUUACUACCGGAGAAAGAAAAGAAAAGGAAAACGAAAAAAGAAAGAAAAGGAUGAAGGGUAACCCACAGAAGAAAAGUGAGCUUUUGGCAUGAGAUGAGAGAGGCUCAGUAAGAAGUGAAUAGAAGGAAAAUAUAGUUAGAUAAUCUACAAAGGUCUAGCUCUAAAUGGAAGUUACUGCUUUUGAUGUAAGCAAGCUUUUAUCUUGCUCGUUUCCGCUGUAUUUUGUUGGUAGUAAGAAGAGUACGUCAAAUAUAAGAGAGAAGAACCAGGCUCUUUUUUGUGCCAUGAUAUGAUGUUAAUUAUUAGUAUGUAAUCCUAUCUACAAGGGGAUUUUGAUGUAGAGAUAAUUGCCAGUGUUAGUUUUUUCUUCCCCAUAUCUGUAUCUGAAUCGCAUCCGUUACAUUGAUAUUUAACUGCAUCAAAUGAUGUAAUUGUGUUU